GAGAGGAACUACUUCCGGUUGACGGUGUUCACGUUUUGAUGUCCUUGGUGGAUAUUUCAUAAUAAAUGCGAUAAAUAUCACUUAUUAUACGUGUUGUUGUAUUCCUCCGGAUAUCUGACGGUGGCGGGAGUUUGUUCCGCAUCCAGUGAGUCGAAAUGUCUUUAUUGUGGAGCUUGAGGCCGGCGCUGACGUCUCUGUUUCACGCCUCCCAGCAUGCACCUCUCUGGUCGGGUCGCACCAUGGCCACUCUGAACCAGAUGCACCGUCAGGGGAAACCCAAAUCUCCGCCCCAGCACGUGGGCGCCACGUUCGGCCGGCCGCAGCUGAAGGCCGUGGUUCUGAAGACCAUGAUCCGGAAGCCCAAGAAGCCCAACUCGGCCAACAGGAAGUGCGCUCGCGUGCGUCUGUCCAACGGGAAGGAGGUGGUGGUGUUCAUCCCCGGGGAGGGACACAACCUGCAGGAGCACAACGUGGUGAUGGUGGAGGGGGGGCGCACCCAGGACCUGCCCGGGGUCAAACUGAAGGUGGUGCGCGGGAAAUAUGACUGUGCUCACGUGGUGAAGAAGACUCACUGAUGAGAGAGAGAGAGAGAGUGUGUGUGUGUGUGUGUGUGUGAUGAAGAUGUUGUGUGUUAUUAAAUGAAGUUACCAUGA